CCUUGGCCCUCCUCCCGGCCUUCUCCCUUGGCCAGCCAACAGGGUGGGCGGGGUGGCCUCUCCAGCCUGGCCUUCCUGGGCUCCGGAGUCUGGCAGAGCUCAGGACAACUACCCCAGCGUCUGGACUCCAAGGCUCACUCACUGGCUGCCUGCGCUGUCAGGUUCUGGAGCUCCUGGACGCAGCGGUUUACUGCUCUGGGCUAGAAGAGUAAACUCGUUGGUGUGCGGAGCUGGACAGCGGGACCUAGGAGGGUUCACAGUCUGCAGUCCCACGGGUAGCUCUGGACAGCGCCCUUGCCGGUCGCUACUCCUCAGGGGAGCCUUCUCAGAAUGGAGCAUUUUCCUUCAGGCCGUAGGGACCGCAGCAGCAGCUGCAGACCCCACCUGGCCCCGGGGAUGCGGGCUGCUCCAUCCGCAUCGCCAGCGCGGCCGGGGCCGUCGGGGAUCCCGGUGUCCGCGGCUUUUCUGCGGCCACCUGGCCUGUUCCUGCGAUCGGCCACCAGCGCGGGUCGCGGAGGAUGCGCUCCGGGCCCGGGGCUGGAUAGGGCGCUGGGGACCGUGGGCUGCGGCUACCCGCGGACCCCCAAGUGCGCCCGCUGUCGCAAUCAUGGCGUGGUGUCGGCGCUCAAGGGCCACAAGCGCUUCUGCCGCUGGCGGGACUGCGCGUGUGCCAAGUGCACUUUGAUCGCAGAGCGCCAGCGCGUCAUGGCCGCGCAGGUGGCGCUGCGCAGGCAGCAGGCGCAGGAGGAGAGCGAGGCUCGUGGUCUGCACCGGCUCCUGUACCCGGGGCCGUCGGGGUCCGGGGCUCUGGCGUCGGGGGGCGGCGGCAGGAACGAGAGUCCCCAGGCCACGCGCAGGCCUGAGGCUACGGCUGUGUUGGGAGCGGGUGCUUCAAGGCAUCCCAGCAGCCGGGCGGUCCCGGCUUUCGAGGUUUUCCAGCAAGACUAUGCCGAGGGAAAGCAGGAACCAAAAGAGAAGAACUGCGAGUCAUGCCAGAGUAGACAUGAAGAACUGGUCUCCAACACCCAUCACCAUACUCUGGGAUCUUCUCCUAAUGGUAAGAAUACCACGCAGAAAAGGGGCUUCCUGUCAUCUAUUUCAGAACACCCAGACAAACCCAAUAUAAUCCUGUCUCCUUGCCCCACGGAGCAAUCAGGAGGAGAAGACAGUCCCAGGUCCUUCUCUUCCUCUGACCUGGAAUCAGGGAAUGAAAGCGAAUGGGCCAGAGACCUCAUCGCGACCAGAGCCAGCCUUUCCAAGGUGACCUCAAGACCACGCGACCCUCUCGGAAUUCUCACCAGAAUUUUUCCAGGUUACAGGCGUAGCCGCCUAGAAGGCAUCCUACAGUUCUGCAAGGGAGAUGUCGUCCAAGCUAUCGAACAGAUCUUAAAUGGGAAAGAACAUAAACCAGACUGCAGGGACCCAGCACACGCAGACUUGGAUAACACAGCCUUCCAGAGAGCUUCGGAUUUUGCUCUCGCUGGCAUUGACUUUGGGACUCUAAGUAAUAAAUCAGCUCUCUCUCCUCUUGAAGCCGCAUCUGCUGCUUAUGGAGGAGAUUCAAGUCUCUACAGUUUCAAUCCUAGACUAGCUUUCAGCCCACUGCGCCUGGCAUAUUCUCCAGGAAGAGCGCUGUCUGGGUUUGUGUCACCAUACCUAACGCCUGGACUGGUUCCAGCGUUGCCUUUUCGGCCAGCUUUGGAUUAUGCCUUUCCAGGGAUGAUUAGGGAGCCUUCCCACCUUCAAGGCAAGCACUUAGUAACUGGUGGUAGACUGUAUUUCAGGCCCAAUCAGGAACAUCUGUAACAUAUCAACUCUACCAUUCUGUGGUGUUUCUGGAAUCGUAACACCCCCCCAAACUAUUAACGUUCUUCAAUGAGUAUAUGUGUGGCUUACCAGCUUUAAAUGCUAUUUUCAAGCAAUGUGUAGACUUUAGACUUGAAGACUUCUUUAGCAUUUAUUAAAUCAAAGAAUCAUUUGAACAUUAUAUGUGCCUUGAAUAAACAUAUUUCAGGAAAUAAUUUUAUUGUAAACUAAUGAAUUUCCUUCAUAAAUUAUCGUUCCUAAUAAAGCCAUACCUGCUUUUAUUUUAGUGUAGGGUUAGACUUAUAGUUGCAAAGAUUUGUAAAAAGCAAUUCAUUUGGUAGAAAAGGAGCCAAGAGGGGUCAUUAAAAACUGAGUUUAGUUCUAACUAUGUGGUUAUUAUUCUAAAACAACUCCCUCUCCCUCUCCAUGUCUUCCUCCUCCUCCUCCCCCAUCCCACCACAGAUGACCCGAAAUUAUUCCAAGUAUUUAAAACUAUUUUAUUUGCAUAUAAAUGAUCAGGAGUAAGGAAACACAAUAAAUUUGAAUAUAUUAUUUUUGAAA